AUGUCAAAUGUUCUGGAGCGCACGGAGUUUACUGUAACGAAUGCUUUGCGAUCGGAUAAGUAUGAGUAUAGCCAUUCGGUAAACCAUGAGGGAAAUCCGAUGUUCAAUAAUGAGAUUGUGCGGUACAGUAUCAAAAGCUUUCGCAAAAUCAAAACAGAUCGUACAGGAAAGAAUUACGUGACGAAUUUUGUAAUAACUUCUCUGUACGAGCAAGGCAAUAACAGUACCUAUGUACACAAGUAUGCUGCUAAUUACUGGAUCAGAAAUUCUGCUGAUCAAGUUACGAAUAAACUCAUUGAUGAAAUCAUGACAUCGAUAAAAGCUUGUCCCUAUUCGCUGUUUGUGUUUGAUGAAACCCAACGGAUGCCUACGGGGGCGCUUGAUGCCCUAAUUUCACUACUGGACCACCAUACUUCCUCACCAGAGUAUGAUUACACAAAGUCCAUUUUCAUUUUCCUAUCUAACAACGCAGGCGUACAGAUCGCUAACCGUCUAGAAAAGCUUACGGUGAAAACUUAUCGAGACCAAACAACGCUGGAGGAUUAUGAAGGGGAAAUUGAGACGGCCGUUUACAACAUGGUCGGUGCUUUUAGGCGUAGUAAAAUUAUUUCGUCCAACGUUAUUGACCACUUCAUUCCGUUCCUGCCACUAGAAGAACGUCAUGUAAAGCAAUGCAUUGAAAGGGAUUUUAUGCUUCUUUGUCCUGAAAAGAUGACAAAAGCAAAUAUUGAGAAGGUUGCGGCAAUGGUUAAAAAUAAGAAGGAGGAGAAGAAGGACGAGAAGGAUGAGAAGAAUGACGAGAAGGACGAAAAAGACAUUUUUCAGCAUAGUGGCUGUAAACGUGUUAAUAAAAAAGUUGAGCCGAUGUGCUAUCGAUUAGACUAA